CGAGUCAGCGCGCCGCACUGUCGUCAUGACAGCCUUCAAACCUCCCACGAUCAACUUGAGAUCGACAGACCCGUCCAAAGAUGAGAUUAGAUCCCUUCCCGAGCUGUUGGAAUUCAAUGCCCGCAACAACCCAAAUCACAUCUUUUGUAUACAGGCGGAAAAGUCUCGGAGCAACGAUGAAACGGAUGGCCUAGACUUUCAACGGAUAAGCCAUCUACAAUUCAGUGACGCAGUUCGGGCUUGCUCGCAAUGGCUGCAAGAGCAUGUUCCAGAGCUCAAAACGCCUCAAAGGAAUGAACAGAAUGAAGUGAUCAAAGGGCCUCCAAUUGCUUUAUUGAUGGAAAGCGACGUUGGUAUUCUCAUUCACAUUAUGGCUUUGAUGAGCCUGGGAGUCCCACUACUGUUACUCUCAGCUCGGCUAAAUACGGAUGCGAUCCUUCACCUUCUCAACGAAACGCAGGCCGCUGCAUUGAUUGCGUCGCCUCAGCUGAUGAAUACGGCCAAAGAGGUCGGCAAAAUUCAGGACGAUUCGAGCAAGGCAGUCGCCAUUUAUCGCCAAGUCAACUACAAAGAGUUUCUUGAUAAUUCAGCGAGCCAAAAUUCCAGCCCGGUCCAUACGGAGGAUCACUACGUAGGCGAAGCGGAUCGCAACGUCUUUAUUCUCCAUUCUUCCGGAACCACCGGCUACCCAAAAGCGAUAUACGUUUCUCAUAGAUAUUUCUUGGGAUACGCAACGUGCUCGACGUUCAAAAACGAAUCACAAUCGUUGGGAUUGAACAUAACGACGCUGCCCCUCUAUCAUGGAUUCGGACUUGUCUCACCAAUCUUAUCCUUUGCUGUCGGGAAGACGUUCUGCAUCUUUCCUCCCUCGAGAGUUCCGACCGGGUCUUCCACUGCGCGGCUUAUCGAACUCACCAAAGCGCAGUCUUUGAUGUCGGUGCCAUCGAUAUUGGAAGAAAUCUGCCAGCUCCCCGAAGACCAAGGCAUUGAUGUUUUGAAAACCCUUGAUUUCGUUCUCUGCGGCGGAGGAGCCCUAAAGGAAGCUGUGGGUGACAAAUUCGCAGAUGCGGGAGUCAGAAUUCUCAAUGCAUUCGGCACUACGGAGACUGGCCCUCUUACUCUGAUUUUUGUUCCGGAUGCGCCCUACAAUUGGCAAUACUUCAGGUUUAGGAGUGACUUGGAUAUCAAAAUGGUCCCUGUAUCAGAAGACGCAACACCGCCAACAUAUCAUCUCACCGUACAGCCUUUUGGAUGGGAUGAUGUUUUCGAAGUCCAAGACGCAAUGGUACCUGAUCCUAAUCACCCGAGCACGGAUUUCAAAGCCGUAGGUCGGUCUGACGCUCUUAUUGUUCUGGCAACUGGAGAAAAGGUCCUUCCUAGUAAUUUGGAGUCUGCAGUAUGUGAGUGUAAGGAUGUGAAAGGAGCUCUCGCUUUCGGAGACCGCCAGCUGCAAAUUGGCAUAAUCGUCGAGCCUACACCUGCUGCACUUUCUGAAGAUCCAGAACAUUGCAAGUCACGAAUCUGGUCUCACAUCGAGAACAUCAACAGCCGUCUAGACCACCACGCAAGGAUUGUAUCUCAAGACCUCAUAAUCCUGGCAGAUACUCCAUUGCCUCGCUCCGACAAGGGCGCUAUCCGGCGCACGGAAGCGCUCAAGCUUUUUGAACAGCAAAUAUCCGACGUUGUCAAUAAUCUUGAUGAGUCGGCUCUGGAAAUUCCCACUCAGCCAUUGGAUUUGGAGAAUGCAGAACAGAGUUUGAAGGACUUGAUUCAAAGCAAGCUGAACUGGAAAUUGUCCCCAGAGGAGUGGGGCAUUUACCAGGAUUUUUUUGAGCUUGGUAUGGAUUCUUUAAAAGCGAUGCACUUGCGUCGGCUUAUCCUGGCCAACUCUACCAGGAUUCCAUGGCUUAAAAGUCUCGUAACGCGAAAUUUCAUCUACGAGCAUCCUUCAGUCAACAAGAUUGCUGUAGCACUUCGAAGACGGAGCGAUGGAAGCUCGGAAGUUCUGGAUAUGCCGACGAGAGUGGAGCAGCUGGUUCAGAAAUACUCACUGUGGGCAGCCCCGAUAGUCGUCUUGCUUACGGGUUGCACGGGAAGUCUAGGUUCGCACCUUGUCGCACACCUAGCCCAGCUCCCUGAAGUGUCUGAGGUCAUCUGUUUAGAUAGGCCCGGCCCAAAAUCACCAAAGGAUCGACUCAAAGAAGCAUUGGAGGCAAAAGAGGUUGUUCUCCCACACUCAUCUUGGUCGAAAAUCAGAGCUCUUCAUGGACACCUCGCAGAGCCAUUUCUGGGAUUGGGAGAAAACGAAUACUCAUACCUCCUGGGAAACGUCACACAUGUUGUCCACAGCGCAUGGCCGAUGGAUUUCAAACGGACCCUGAUCUCGUUCGAGCCCCAGUUUGUUGCUUUGAAAAACCUCCUCCAAAUUGCCCGAGACGCCAGACCAAAUGGCGGAAGUUCAAAGACUCGCUUCCUGUUUGUGUCUUCCAUUUCGGCCGUUGGCGAAUAUUCUACCGUACAUGGUGACCGGAUAGUUCCGGAGCUACCGGUUGGUAUAGAAUCGUGUGCCGGUGGGCUUGGUUACGGCCAUGCGAAACUGGUGUGCGAGAAGAUUGUUCAGCAAAGCCAGAUCUUCAACUCUGAUAUUGAGGCGGUUUCUCUCCGCUUUGGUCAAAUAUCAGGAUGCAGUAAGACGGGAUAUUGGAACGAAAAAGAGCAUUUCCCAGCGUUGCUCAAGUCAUCCCAAAAGAUUGGGGCUCUUCCGAUCAUUGGCGGAACAUUCUCCUGGAUCCCGGUCGAUCAUGCAGCAAACGUCAUUGCCGACAUCAUGCUCUCCAAAUCACCGAUCAAUGGAAUCUAUCACGUCGAAAACCCAGUUCGCCAGUCAUGGCAGGAUACAUUAGCCAUAUUGGCCGCUCACGUCACUGCUAAACCAUUGGAGCUUGUUCCCUAUACGCAAUGGCUAGAGAGAUUGUCAAAGGUCCCGAUCAAUGAGGUCGAUAGCUGCCCUGCACUCAAGAUUUCGGAAUUCUUCGAAGAACACUUCAAUCGGAUGUCAGGAGGAAGUGUUAUCCUUGACACAAGCAGAAGUAGAGAUGUAUCCCCGACGCUCAAGGCAGCAGAUGUCUUGGAAAGUGACAUCAUUGGGCGGUAUGUAGACUAUUGGCGCAGGAGCGGGUUUCUUGGGUAGAUGGAACGUAGUAUAGGAUUGCUUAUACGCAUAUGAUUAUUGUUACACGGCUGGCCUCUUUUCAGCCGCAC